UGAUGUCAGGACUCCACCUGUGGGGCAGGUGUGUUACCUGUGACUCACCCAGGAAGUACUUCCGAGGCAGCCUCAGCUGAGCAACAACGAAAACAAUGGGGUUAUUUUAGGUGGUUUCCUCGCUAAUCCGUUUAAAGUCUGAGUGCUCGCGUGAGUGGACCCCCACUCUCCCUCCCCACCACCAUGCGCGGGGCUCUUUGGCGUCGGACAGCCUCGACUGGGGGAAGUGCUUCCUGCCAUCCUGACAACGAGGAGGUGCGUCUCACCUCCAAUCCUCUGACCGACUGCGCACGGCCGCCACGGAGAGGCAGCCGGUGGGGUGGGGGGAGCACUGACGCAUUGUGGAGGGAGGGGGGGCGGACAGGCACGGACUGCGAGCGCCCGGCUUCCUUCGCUCCACGAUCGGAGGCAGCUCCCUCUCUCCCUCUCUCUCCCUCUCGUCUCGGCGACAUGGCCGGGGUGCAGCUCGACGCGGGGGACGCGCACCAGCCGGAGAACGGCUUCGUGGCCCCCGAAACCGCGGCGGCGGCGCCGCCGGGGCCGCUGAGGCGCAUCGACACCCAGGUCCUGCCGUUCCUCGGGGGCUUCGGGAGGUACCAGAAGCAGCUGAUCGUGCUGACAUGGAUCCCGGCGCUGUUCAUCGGAUUCAGCCAGUACUCGGACGAAUUCCUGCUCGCCCAGCCGGACGGCACAUGCGUCCAGCCGAACCUGACGGCCGAUCACGGCGGCAGCGCGGCUCUUCAGCCCUGGCCGUCUGCUCAUCCCCCCAGUGAUGCCAGUGAGACCACAAUCCGGCCCAAUGGCACGASCAUGCAGUGUGUUCCGAAUUGCUCCGAGUGGACCUUCAAGCUGCACACUGGGCUCGAUGAGAACGUGGUCACUAAGUGGAGUUUGGUGUGUGGCUCAGCGUGGAUAGUCCACAUUGCAAAGUUCUCCCUAUUGGUGGGAUCGAUCUUUGGAUACCUGGUGUUUGGAAUACUUGCAGACUGGUUUGGUCGCCACCCGGUGCUGAUCAUAUCGGUGCUGUUCAUGUUGAUGUUUGGUCUGACCGUGGCCUUCUCUGUCAACGUCCCCAUGUUCAGCACGCUGCGGUUCUUUGAAGGCUUCUGCCUGGCAGGCAUCAUGCUGUCGCUUUAUGUUUUGAGGAUUGAGCUGUGCCUGCCUGGAUGGCGGUUCUCCAUGACCAUGGUGGCCAGUUUCGUGGUUUUGGGAGGUCAGCUCCUGAUGCCCGGGGUAGCCUACCUCUGCCGUGACUGGCAGGUUCUUCAAGUUGUCAUCAUCUGUCCCCUGCUGCUUAUGCUGUCCUACAUUUGGAUUUUCCCUGAGUCACUGCGUUGGCUGCUCGCCACCCAGCAGUACGGCCGCUCCAAAUGGAUCAUGGGACACAUCGGGGAGAAGAAUAAAGCCAACAUGGAGCUCGACGCGGAAAACAUCCUCACAGAACUCCAAAGAUCUCUUCAAAAGAAGCCAAAAAAGACAUGCAUCGUGAAAAUGGUCGGAACAAGAAACCUGUGGAAGAACAUCGUCGUUCUGUGUGUCAACUCGCUAACAGGGUAUGGGAUCCACCACUGUUUUGCCCGAAGCAUGAUGGAUCAGGAUGUGAAGGAGAACACGUGGUUCCGCAACUUCUAUACAGACUACUACACGAUGGCGGGCAUAGCGGUGGCGUCGUGCCUCUUUCUGUGCCCGGCAGUUGGUCUGAUGGGUCGACGUGGGGGUCUCCUCUUGUUCAUGAUCAUCACCGCCCUGGCAUCGCUGCUGCAACUGGGUYUGCUCAACUUGCUGUGGAAGUACAGCUCCCAUCUGAACAUAGCCGACAGCUCYGACACGCUGAAUAGGAACUUCUCGAUCGCCUUCUCCAUCAUCGGUAUGUUCUCCUCCCACGCAGUCAGCAACCUGAGCAUCUUCUUCUGUGCUGAGAUCACGCCCACAGUGAUCAGGGGUGGUGGUCUGGGCCUGGUGCUGGCCAGCGCUGGUUUCGGCAUGCUCACUGCCCCCAUCAUGGAGCUGCACAAUCAGAAGGGCUACUUCCUCCACCACAUCAUUUUUGCCUGCUGCACCCUCAUCUGCAUCAUUUGCAUCCUGCUUUUGCCGGAGACACGCUACCAGCCGCUGCCCGAGACCUUGGACGACGCCGAGAACUACACCCGCCAGCCCCUGCUGCUCACGCGGAAGCCGGGAGAGCAGCACCUCUUGCUGGGCCCGUCCGACAGCAGCAGGGACUACACCAAGGUGCACGACACGCCGCUUCACGAGGCGGCCACCACCGUCGUGUCCAGCAUGGGGUCCACCGCCUCCUCGGCCGUUGAUUUGACCGCCCCCGUUCCUGGGACGAAGCAGCCUACCCAGCCGGGGCCUCGAGGCCCCAACGGCCACGCAGUUUCACCCCCAGCCUCAGUAACGGUUCUGAGUGAAGAUACUUUCCCACCUGCCAAAAAGGAGCACCUUUUGUCUUCCAGUCCGUUACACAAAGCCCCGCGCAUCACGGACCCACUUUUAGCCGACGCGGACGCACAUCCCGCAGUCCCAGGCUCUGUUGAACCAUUGACUGACAGCGUCCACCUCGAAAUCAAUCACCUCCCCCCUUCCCCGACAAGCGAAGACAACUCAGGCCCUUCUGCGUCGCUGGGCUCCUCCACUCCCACCAUGCCUGAAACUGUGCCCGCCUCCAUGUUGAUUUGCACAGUGCCCACCCUUGAGCCCCCUCCCAGCUCCACGCUAGCGUCUCCAGACCUGCAGGACGGCGAUGUCAACGGGAUCGCCACAAAUUCGGGUCCGCCUCUGUCGGAGAGCAYCCUUUCCUCUUUAGCAGAGCCUCCAGCUAUGCACGAUGAUCUCCCUCCAUCCCCCGUCGCCUCGCCUGCUCCUGAGUCGGACUCGGAUGUUCUCCUCCGCCCUCCCCCGCCCCACAUUACCCCACAAACUGAUAGCGAUCCCCCGUUACAAAAAGCAGAUAAAUCUGCAUUUACUCCCUCUAAAACAGACUCUCAACCACCUGAUUUAGACUUAGCUCCCACCUCAGUUAAAGAAUCAUCCACUCAUCCCUCUACUCCCCGUAGUUCCUCAGAACUGACCGCCCCUCGGCCUGCUGACUCAGACCAUGUGUCCACAGAGUCCACAUCUCCCGCUGUCCUCCCUGUCACAGACAUUGGACCGGACUCGGCUGUUACUCUGGUUUCAGACUCGAUGAAUUCCAGCGUUGAUUCGGGCCGUAYGGCAGCAUCUCCCCCCUCUCUAAUAGACUGCACCGUCUCCUCCCCCAUAGACUCCGGGGUCCUCCCUGUCAGCAACAGGGAAACUGCCAGCACAGACAGCAGCACUGUCGACGGCACGGACUCCACAUGAUUGAGUGCUGAGCCGAGACACGAAGCUUUAAGGCAUUGCACCAGGAGGAAGCGACAGGAGGGGUGGGGGGGUGUUAAGAACUGCCCUGCUCAGACUUCAGGUGCGUCAUGAAGACUGUGCCUACCUGAGGCUGAGUUUGUUGGACUGAGCUGCUUUACGUUUCUCGAUGCUUCUCCCACCUUCCUGCCCUCUUUGUGCAUUUAGCCAAUGAACGAGACCACACGAGCGAGAGUGUAACUUCGAAUUUUCAGGAACGUCACUGGAAAUCACCAGCGUAUAAUUUACUCGGAGGUAAAAGAAAAAAAAGAAGAAAAAAACAAUAAUAAUAAUAAUCUAAUAAAAUAAAAAUUAGGAGCCAAUGAGUGGAAUCACUGUCAUUUUAAUACCACUGAGAGAUGCCAUCAGUUCUGAAGAAGUGCAAAGGUCAUGGAAAUAAAGUAAAAUACAAUAAAAUAAAAUAAAAAUUGCUGGUACUUUUGCUUAAAUAAAAUGUUUGUAUUUCUAAGAAAAAAAGUCGCCUUAACUAUGUGGACGAAAAAAAAUGGAAUGUUACAAAUUUGUGUUGAUAAAAUUGGUGAGGGGGAGAUUUAGUUAUUUUAUUUUAUUUUAAAUACAAACCAAAAAGGACCCUAACCAAAAUUUUUUGUAGACGUAGUGCCAAAACAUUAACAGCAGUAUAGUAUUUGUUGGAGGUGGGGUGGAGAAUGUGAAGUUGACGUCAUGCUACGUUGAAUUUUGGGUAAUUGAUCUGAUGUGCCAGUUCCUGUAACCCCAUAGCAACAAGCCUGUUUUGUGACUGUAUUACCUAACUGAAAUUCAGGACGUGUGUUAUAACAUGUUUUUGCUUCAUAAAAAAAAUGCGGAGUUGGAGACGUUCAAAGAAGCCAUAGUUGUUCUGCUUUAUCGAUGAACGAAGAGUUCAACUUUGUAGAAAAUUCAAAUUUUGACGAAAUACCGGCUUGUUAACCACUAAAUUUUACAUCCAGUCAUUGGAAAAUUAGGUUAAAUUUCCUAAAUAUUUAACUGUUAGAUUCUUGCAAAGUGUGUUCACUCAGUUUACUACUUCAAUGUUGCUGUCAAGAAGGAGUGGUCAUAAUGUAUUGGCUGAAUUGUAUGAAAAUCAUGUUUCUCGGUUGUGUGAUUGAUUAUUUUUUGUGUAAAAUCCUUUUUUUUUCUUCAUUUGAUCUCAUCCUCUUAUCAUGACAUUUAAUUAUUUGACAAAAGUCCGGCCAACUCAAACCAAAGCUAUCAGGCAACACAGACGGCACACACAGAUACCCAACAAGCAACCCAGUGUGACUCACUUUCACAUUCAUCAUUUAACCUUUUAUUUUCCAAUGUAGAAAAUGAAUACAGAAGGGRAAUUCUAGCUGUAUUGCAAUUUGAUUUAUUAGAAUUUAUAUAAAACUGGGCUGAACUGCUUUUGUCAGCACAUGGUUUAUUGCAUCAACAAUGAUGUUUGUAAAAAAGAAAAGAAAAAAAGAAAAAAAAGAUUAUUUUGUGGGCAAGAAGAAACUUUUAUUUUGCAAUCAUUUCAACCAAUGAAAGUUAUAGUAUGCAUAUGCCCUUUCGAUGUAAAUGUAAUAAUUUAAGUAAAUGGUAAAUAAGUUGUUGAAUUCGACUCAAGUUUUGUUUUUAAACUAAGAGUAUCAUUUGGAAUAUCCCUCUAUGGCGUGCCCUUAUUGUACAGAGCUACACAUCAUUCUUACAGUAUUUGUGGCACCUUAAUGUGGUGGCACUUUAUUUUUGUGCAGUGAGGACAAAAAAGCAUGAAAUCUAUUGUGAACGUGUCAACAAAACUAUCAAAUCUUUCAAAAAAAAAGUUGUUUUUGAAGUGUAAUCAAUGGACUAUAAAAAAAACUAUGUUUGACGCGAUUGCCAAUCGUUGCUACAUCGAAGUGUGUUUUCCAAAUCAUGUUCUGGCAUUAACAUUAAUGUUUGUCGUUGUGUUCAUUCGGGCACAAAAACGCAAAAUCGAGCUUAAAAAUAAUUUUUUGAAAAAAAGCAAUACAUGUUUCCAAACGACAUUGUGAAAACUAACGUCUUAGUAAAAUGGCAGGCUUAUUUUUUUUUAUUAUUAUGGAAGCACUUUCUCUUCCAAAGUCCACGUCCGUCUGUGGACGGCAGUAUACUUGACGUAAAUACAUGUAUAACUUGACAGUUGUAGUGCUUUUGAAGUUGUAAUGCUUUGUCAAAAGAAGGAUGUGUGAUUACCACUGUUUACAAGCCUCACAAUAAUCAUCAAUAAAAAUAAUAAUAAUAAUACAGUACUGUACAACUUUUCGAGACGUCUGAAKGAUGUCUUGUCAUUUCAAAUGUGAUAAAACUCAGCACAUCAUAUAUCCAGGGAGUCUUCAUCAUCGAUCGAGGUAUCAUUCUUACAGUUAUCAAAUUUUCUGUUUUGUGGUACGCACACAAAGAACCUUACAGAUACUUCAUCUGCUAAAAUCCAGUUUGUGCACUAACAAAGACGUUACACACCUGAAAGAUAGUCAGAAACACGGCGAAAAGGGUGUUUAAAAGACAAGUCUUGCCACGACAACACCUUUGGGUACUCAAAGGGAUAGUUUAGAUCUUUUAAAGUUUGAUUUUGUGAAAAGGUUUUGACCAGUUAGCAUCUUGCCUGUUGUGGAUAACUCUUUGAAAGGCCUCUGUUUGGAAAAUCAGUUUAUAUCGAACUAGAGUGACGAGUUAAUGGCUAGUCUGAGCAAGGUCAAAAUCAAAGAUUUAUGCUAUUUUAACAACAUUCGCUAAAGUUUAUUGGAGUUCACACCACUGUCAGGCAGGUAUUCUGGCAUAAAAAUGUAGCGUUCUUAUCCAAAAUGAUAGCUGUACCCAAACUGUUUGCUCCACAAAUACCUUUUUAUCUAAAAAAACAACAUCAAAUUAAGGAUUGACAGUGAUCUAACACUKUAUAARAUAGUGUUCACAUGAACUGGUAUGCAAUYAGAGGUUCAAAGAGCUAUCUGCAACRGGUAAGAUAYUGAUUGUUCAUAAUAUUUCCACAGAACUCAGCAACCCAAUAUCUGAACUAUUUCUCCAUUGAUGCGACACAAAUGCAACUUGUACUAAAAAAACGUUCAUCUGUUGAUUGAUUACCAGUGGUCUUUUAACAAAUUAUCUCGUAUUCGUUUGUUAACGCUAAACAAAAUAUGCUGCACCUCAAAGCACAAUGAACUGCAAGGUGUCGGAUUUAGUGUCUUUACCGGUGGAGAGAAAAGAAGAAAAGUGCAAACAGAUUGGAGUUUUGAAGCUAAGCUAAAAAAAGUACUUGUUACACAUUAUCUUUCGCAACGGAUUCUCACUACAGGGAGGGAGAGUGCUGGCUGCGCUGUCAGCCUUGUUUGACUCAGUCUGUGCUGCUAAAGUGUUAUCUAGCUCCAUGUGUGUGCUGAAACCCCCCCAUGCAACACCCAUAGAACCGCUGACGGGGCACAAUACAAUCAGUGUCUCCUCUGAGAACUGCUGCUUCUGUUUUCUACCAUGCAGCUCUUUCAGUGCUGAUGGGAGAAGAUGCAAAUUUGGAGUCAUUUUAAAUUAAAGUUCAGCGAAUGAAUUGCAGCUGGCACCAGCCACCAAAUCUGACACUUUUAUUUUUAUUUUUUAAACCCCCAAGUGAUUAGUUAUAAAUCGUAAAAAAAAAAAAAAAAAUAGUUGUGGUUAAGAACUCACAUAAAUGUGCAUAAAAGACCCCGCACACACAUUUCAGGUUUUGCUUCUCUUCAGCUGAGCGACUCCGAAUCUCUCUGGAGAUUUGAAUGAAUGUAAAAACCAUGGAUUGUACAUCUAAAAGUAUCACUUGUUUGGUUUCAUUAUGUUGUUCUUUUAACAUACAUGAUGCACUUGUACAUAAGCCAUACUUGUUGUUAAAAAAUAAACCAUUAUUUAUUGAUGAAA